AUGGACCUAAUACUUCCGUUUAAAGUUGGAGAUGCCGUAGAGACAAGAUCCUAUAAUGUUGGUUAUAGGGGUGCAUGGUUCCGUUGCAAGAUCACCGAUAUGUGUAUCAGGAGCGGUCACAUGGAGUGUCAGGUGGAGUAUAUAGACUAUCCAGAUGAAAGAAGGAAAUGGAAUAGACUCUUCAAAAUUCCCCCCAAAUGCCGUAAUCAGAAAGCAAGUCAGAAUAGGGAGAUCAUGCUACGACCUCCUUUUCCUCGGUGGUGUUGGGAGAAUGAUAUUGCUGAGCUUGGGCCACAAACGGAUGUUGUAGCAGUUGUAAGCAGUCGUUGGAAAGUAGGUGACUUGAUUGAUUGGUGGUACACUGAUUGUUUUUGGACUGGGAAAAUUACCGAGUUGAUGAGUGAUGACAAAGUUAAGAUAAUUUGUCCUGAAAUACCAUUAGGUGAAGGUGGAUGUUGGGUUGCCGAUCCCAAAGACCUGAGGCCAGCGCUUGAUUGGUCCCUCGAAAAAGGUUGGAGUGCCCCUCUUUCACAGGAAAACGGCGAAUGCUGGCAUACUGCUCGUUUGAUUGCAGGGAACCAAGAUACAUUAAGUAGCAGCUCUGAUGAGGAGGACAUUGAGCAAUCUUGUGAUGGUAACAAGGUACUACAAAGAUGCUUGAAUGGAUCAUUUGAUUCAUUGGAGCAAGAAAUAGGAAAAUGCCUGAAUGGAGCAUCUGAUACACCAAAGGAGUUGGUCGAUCAAGAUGUAAAACAGCCAGCCAAUACAAAUGGCAGGUGCUGCCUGGAAAGUCAAACAGACAGUGAAGGGGAACCACAAAAAUGCAUGAAUGAAGAGCCUGGCGUGUCUCUGGAGGCCAUCUGUUCAAAAGUGCAACUCGCUCCCAAUGAAACUGGUGAAUGUUGCAUGAACAGCCAAGCAGACUGUCCGACGUCUCCUGUGGCCAAUUCAGGACAGUCUCCUCAGUUCAUUACCAAUGAGCAAUCAAGUACCCCCAAUUUCAAGAAACUCAAGACCUCAAGUGAGCCUGACGCUUCUCUCGAGGUCACCAAUACAAAAGUGCAACUCGCACCCAAUGAAAAUGGUGAAUGUUGCAUGAACAGCCAAGCAGACUGUCCGACGUCUCCUGUGGCCAAUUCAGGACAGUCUCCUCAGUUCCUUACCGAUGAGCAAUCAAGUCCCCCCAGUUUUAAGAAACUCAAGACCUCAAGUGAGCAUGCAUCAGUUAAGCCUACUGGCACCGUUAGCGAGGCCACGAUGAAACUGCGGGAACUAGUAAACAAAGUCAAGACCUCAAGUGAGCAUGUAUCAGUUAAGCCUACUGGCACCGUGAGCGAGGCCACGAUGAAACUGCAGGAACUAGUAAACAAAAUCAGACGGGCCCAAGAUCUCCUGCAGUCUGUUGACUAUGCUCCAUCAAGCAUAGUGCUGGCACCUUGGAAAUUUCAGGAAAAUAACCCAUGGCAGAAGCGUAACUGA